AUGUCAUCUGAGUUUGCGCGUGGUUUGAACAUCGCUUUACGGUCUGACGAUAGCUUGGAGCCCGACCUACCGGGCAAUCUACCUCCUGACCGGGGUAUGCCGUUCCGCAUCGAAACUCAACCGGGCGCUACCCCGGUCAAUCGCCCCAUCUACCGGUUGUCUCCCUCAGAGUUGGAGGAGUUGCGGCGCACUCUGGAUGACCUCCUUGCAAAGGGGUUCAUCCGCCCGAGCAACUCUCCCUGGGGGGCCCCCGUCCUCUUCGCCCCCAAGAAGGACGGGGGCUUGCGCUUUUGCAUUGACUACCGGGGACUUAAUAAACAAACCGUUAAAAAUGCGUACCCUCUUCCCCGGGCCGAUGACCUCAUCGACCAACUCCACGGUGCUAAAUUCUUUUCUAAAAUCGACUUGCGCUCCGGUUAUUGGCAAAUUCCCAUCCAUUCUGACGACGUAUCGAAGACUGCUUUUAGGACUCGAUAUGGGCAUUUUGAAUGGCUUGUCCUUCCCUUCGGUCUGACUAAUGCCCCUGCCGCUUUCAUGGAUUUGAUGCAGAGUGUUUUCCGGGAUUUGCUUGACCGGGGCGUUGUCAAUUUUCUUGACGACAUUCUCAUUUACUCCGACUCUGCAGAGGAACACGAGCGCCUUCUUUGGGAGGUGUUCACACGUCUCCGCAAGCACACUCUCUUCGCCAAGGAGUCCAAGUGUGAAUUAUGGCGUACCGAGGUUACCUUCCUCGGCCACGUCAUAAAUGCUGACGGGGUGUCAAUGGAGGCAUGCAAGGUUGCGGCGGUAACCGCAUGGCCUCAACCCCAGGACCCGGGCGAUAUUCGCUCAUUUCUUGGCUUAGCGGGCUUUUACCGCCGAUUUGUUCGCGAUUUUUCUCGCAUUGCUACCCCUCUGACUGAUUUGCUGGUGAAGGGUGCAAAAUUCGAGUGGACGGAAACGCAUAACCACGCGUUCCAUUCAUUUAAAUUUCAGCUAACCCAUGCACCGAUCCUACGCCCCUUUCACCCUGACCUACCUUGUACACUUGACAUCGACGCCUCUGACUUUGCUGUUGGUGGUGUACUCUUGCAAGGUACCAACGGUACCAACCUGCAACCGGUCGCGUUCGAGUCGAAGCGCCUCAACCGCGCUGAGCGCAACUACUCCGCUCGCGACCGGGAGCAGCUGGCGUUGGUACACGCUACGCACAAGUGGCGGCAUUAUCUACUAGGCCGCCCGGUCACCGUCCGUACCGACCACCGACCACUCUUUUUUCCACUCAAACUCGAGUACAUGCGCUCCCGCCACCACCGGUGGGAGGAGCAACUCGCACAAUUUAACCUCAACCUCACGUACAGGGAAGGGCGGCUCAACAUUGUACCGGACGCCCUCUCCCAGCGCCCGGACCACAAGCCGGAGCCUCCCACUAACCAACUCGUCCUUGCAGCAGUGUCAUCCUUGAUCCCCGACCGGGCAUUCCUAACCGAUGUCCGCCUUGCUACCACCGCUGACCCCUAUGCCCAGAUGGCUGUCUCGCGCAUGAUCCUGGCUGACAUUGCUUUUGCCUCGUUCUCGCUUGACGAUGGGUUGCUCUAUAACUCCGGCUGCUUGUACAUCCCUCCUGUACCUGAACUCCGCACACGCGUACUACGUACUAACCACGACUGUAACGUCUCUGCCCAUCUAGGUAUGGACAAGACUGAGGAACUCACCAACCGCACCUUCUACUGGCCGGACCUCCAAGCGGAUGUCCGGCGUUACAUACGCUCAUGCGACGCGUGCCAACGCAACAAGCCCAGCAACCGCCGCCCUGGGGGACUCUUACAGCCUAUUCCUAUCCCCCAGGAGCGGUUGGAGCAAAUUACUAUGGACUUAAUUGCGGGCUUACCUAAAACCACUCGAGGAAAUUCCGGCAUUGCUGUUUUCGUCGACCGGUUAUCUAAAGAAAUAAAAAUCGCACCCAUCUCUGAUGACACCACUGCCCCUGCCAUCGCUCGAGUAUAUUUUGAUAAUGUUUUCCGUCAUAAGGGCUUGUCGCGCGUCAUUAUCUCUGACAGGGACCCCCGGUUCACUUCUAACUUUUGGCGUACCCUUUUCAGGCUCCUUGGUACCAAACUCUCCUUCUCCACCGCCUUCCACCCCCAAACCGACGGUCAAACCGAACGCGUCAACCGGGUCAUCGAGGAAGCCCUCCGACCCUACGUUAACGCCCGGCAUUCUGACUGGGACCUCCACCUUACCCCUAUCGAGUUCGCCUAUAACAACUCGGUACAGCUUUCCACCGGUCACUCCCCCUUCUACCUCAACACCGGUAGACACCCCCUCACACCUUCCAACCUCCUCAAACCACCCUCCUCCGAUACACCCGCCGCCGAUCAAUUCCUCGACAACAUUGCCACCUCCCUACAAAACGCCAAAACACUCCUCGUACUCGCCCAAAACCGACAAAAACAGUACGCCGACCUGCGUCGCCGCCCACUUACCUUCCAACCCGGCGACCAAGUCUAUCUAUCCACCGCCCACCUGUCGCUCCCUACCCGCUCCCAAGUACGCAAACUAGCACCCAAAUACACCGGUCCCUUCACUGUACAACAAGCUAUCUCCGAAGCUGCGUACAAACUAGACCUACCCGACCACAUGACCAUCCACCCGGUUUUCCACGUAUCCCAGCUAAAACCCUACCACCCAAACGACCCGACCCGUUCACCGACCGCGACCCGCCACCCCCUCCUCCGGUACUCACCGCCGACAACCCCCAACACCCUAUCGACAGUGUUGUAG